AUUGGAUAACACUGUGAAAAUUUGUGGCAUAAUUAGAAAUUAAUAAAAUUAUCAAUUAAAAUUAAACAAAAAUGUUUAAAUUAAUCACGCAACAAAUGCGUCAAGUAACGCAAACUGUGGUGCGUAGACAAAUGAGGACAACGCCAGCCGUUUUAACCACCAAACAGACACCGGAUCAAUUAAUCGAUGUUACCAAGGCCUUGCAAGGUUGGGAUAGCAAAUUGCAAGAGGCAGGCGUAGGAGAUAUAGAAUUCAAUUUAAAAUGUUUGGUGGCUCAUGUGUUAAAAAGAAAAUUUAACACUUUGCCCAGUUACAACAAUGUCCAGUUCAAUGGCGAACAACUGAAAGAAUUUGAGAGAUUAUGCGAAGCCCGCUGUGCCCGUAUGCCUUUGCAGCAUAUUCUAGGUGAAUGGGAUUUCAUGGAUAUUACCUUAAAAACUGCCCCCACUGUGUUCAUACCUCGACCAGAGACAGAAGAGUUUGUGGCCAAAGUUAUUGAUGUUUAUCGCAAGGUUCAGGAGCCCAUUGACAUGCUGGAAGUAGGCUGUGGUUCGGGUGCCAUGUCUUUGGCCGUUUUACACGCCUUACCCAAUGUUAAGAGUACGGGUGUGGAACGCAGCAAAGCUGCUACGGCUUUAGCUUGGGAAAAUGCUAAACUAUUGAAAUUAGAUGAUCGUUUUAAGAUUUUCAAUCAUACCACAGCAGAAAAUGAUUAUUUGCCCAAAGAGUUGGAGGGACGUAAAUUUGAUCUCAUCAUUUCCAAUCCUCCUUAUGUGAAAACAGAAGAAUUUGCUUUACUGCAGCCAGAAGUGAAAUUAUACGAAAACCUCAAUGCUUUGGAUGGCGGUCCAGAUGGUCUACGCAUUGCUCGCUUGGUGUUCGACUGUGCUUGCCUGCACCUUAAGCCUGGUGGCAAAUUAUGGUUGGAAUUGGGCAGUGAUCAUCCUCCAUUGGUAAAGACUAUUAUAAAUUUACAGUAUGAGGGCCGUUUACGUUUUGUUUCCAGCUUUUUGGAUCAAUAUAAACGUGAUCGUUUUGUGGAAAUUGAAAAAGUUUAAUGGAUAUUGAUGCUGUUUUGAGGGCGCUUACUUUAAUUUGUGAUAGCUGUUGUUAGAGUGUAAUGUUCAAUAGAAAUGAUAUUUAAAUUGUUUUAGUUUAAAAGUAUUUUUCUUUAGCAUUUAAGGCGCUUUAAAUAUAAAGAGGAUAAUAAAUAAAAUGUAAAUUGACGUAAUGAUUUUGAGAGAAAAAUCAUUAAGAUUUAAUCUAAUUAAA